AUGGAUCCGAGACUUCAACAAGGUGCUAAAUCUGGAAGCAUUGAUGAGUUGUAUUCUCUUAUUGAUGAGAAUCCAUACAUACUUGAGAACAUCGAUGCGGUACCAUUCAUCAACACUCCUCUUCAUGUAGCUGCAGCUUCCGGGAACAUAGAGUUUGCAAUGGAGAUGUUGAAUCUUAAGCCAUCUUUUGCUAGAAAGCUGAACACAAGCGGGUACAGUCCAUUGCAUCUCGCUGUAGACAAGGGUCAUGCAGAUUUUGUUUCCUGGAUGCUAAAGCAUGAUCACAGCCUUGCUUGCGUCAAAGGGAGAAAUGGCAUGACCCCAUUCCACUCCCUAGUGGUAAGAGGAAACGUGGAUCUUGUGGCAGAGUGCCUCAAUGUUUCCCCUGAAUGUAUCGAAGAUGUGAGUGUGAAUGGCCGGAAUGCUCUGCACCUUGCUGUGGUGACUGAUAGAUUUGAAGUUCUUCAAGUCCUCACUGGAUGGAUCCAGAGAACAAGGCAAAGAAAAGCUUUGAAGAACGAGUUCCGUUUUCUGAACAAAGAAGAUUUCAGCUACAACACAGCCUUGCACCUUGCAGCACAUAAGAAUGAUCUUCAGGCGGUAAGACUAUUACUAGAAUGUCAGCUGGUGGAGAGGAAUAAAGUAAAUGGCGAUGGUUUAACAUUCCUUGAUAUCUUAAGAAACCUGGAGAACUCAGGUGACUGGGACUUGGAUUUGGAACAAGUUGUUUUAAAAACCAGGUGUAAAGAGGCUGCUUCUAUGCCAAAAACCAAGUCACUAUCUGAUUUAUUGAAAUCGCCAUUUACUGUCUGGACAUACUAUUCCACUGGUCUGAAACGCCUAAGAUCUGACAGUUCAGAAGAAGUUCGUGGCGCUUUCCUGAUUGUAUUCACUUUGAUAAUAACAGUUACAUAUCAGACUGGCCUCCAGCCUCCUGGAGGUGAUCACUCAUCCAAGGAUCCGACAAAACAGGCAUUCUUUGUCCUUCUUUGGCUUUCCAACACCCUAGGCUUCUACUGCUCUCUAUUCUACACCUUUUCUUUCUUACCUCUCCGGGGUCUGUUUACGUCAUGGUAUAUUUCAAUAGGGACCUUGCUGGGAGUUUCUUAUGCACUAGCAGUGGCGGCAAAUUCACCAGAUCCUGUAAUGUUUCUCAUGUUGACCUUUGUCAUCUUCCUGCUUCAUGUUAUCUAUCUCAUUUUUCUAGCUGUUGUUGGGUGGCGGAAGCAUGUGACGGUGGUACCUGAGCCCCAUUUAAGCUGGUUUAGAAAACCUUGA